AUGAAAGUCUCCGAAGCCUUAUUCCACCUCUGGUGGUGCACCUUGGCUGGCUCUAUGGGCGUCUUAGCGGAAACGGCUGGUGGUAGCCAGCCGGUGAUUAUCGACACAGAUAUUUUUGGCGACGUGGAUGAUGUAGGGGCUUUGACAGUUGCAAAUACUUUACAAAACUGUGGUUUGGCAGAUGUGAGAGGCAUUGCCAUCAACACGCAUUCAAAGUAUGGAGCCCUGGCUGCAAAUGCUCUCUGUACUUAUUUUGGGAAUGGAGAUAUUCCGGUUGCUGCCAUACGGCCGCUCACUAACGAGACUUACUUUGAUAAUGCGAGUUUCUUGCGUGGGGAAUAUCCCAGCAAAGUCGCCAAUAACUGGCCCAGGGAACUUGAUGAUUCGGCGUCGACUCCGACGCCUCUUGAGAUGUAUCGUUCAGUCCUGAGUGCGGCCACAGAAAACAGCAUCAACAUAAUCUCGAUUGGCUUCCUAAAUAAUCUCGCCGAUCUCCUCAAAUCUGAGCCAGACAAAAUCAGCUCGUUAUCUGGAAAAGAUCUUAUUUCUUCCAAGGUCAACAAACUGGUUGUCAUGGGGGGUAACUAUCCUUCGGGCUGGGAAUAUAACUUUGGCGAUAUGGAUCCCCAGAGCACCGAUUACAUUCUUCGAAACUGGCCUAAGACUAUUCCGAUGACAUUCUCGGGAUUUGAGCUCGGUGGAAUCGUAUAUUCUGGACAGCGGAUCGCUGAAAACUCACCGGUCAAUUCUCCGAUUGUCGCUGCGUACCAGUGGUAUGUUGGUCGCGGAUCCACCAUUAGAAUGUCCUGGGAUCCGAUCACGACACUGUAUGGGAUCUUGGGUCUUGAUGGAUUCUCCAAACUUGGUUUCAGACCCAUGCUUGCCUAUGCAAACGAGGAUGGGUACAAUAGCAUCACCUCGAGCAAUGGAUCAAAUGCUUGGGUCAACGACACCAGUGUUACCAAUCAGCACUGGCUGAAGCUAGCUGAUGGAGUGACAAAUUCUAGUAUGGCUUGGUUGCUUGACCAGUUCUUUAUUCACGACCCCGCCCAGCAAAGUUGUUUUGGUUAUCUCUCUGAAUAA